CGAAAGGUUAAGUGUUCACAAUGUAAACACGUUGACUUAACCAAAUAUAGGCAUGUUUGCCUUGUAAAAAGAUGAGCUAAUUAAAUAACAUGUCGAUGUAUGAGGUGAUUGAAUAAUUUACUGAAUAUGGGAUUAGAUUAGAAAUUGAUCGAACAUGAAGAUAUGAAAGGGAACGAUGUAUACCUACUUUAGACAUGAUAAAGUCAUUUUUAUUGAUUGUGAAAGUGUUACAGAUUAAAUGAAGUAGAAAAUGAAUGUAAGAUGAAUUAAGUAUUUGCAUUUGAAGAGGCUCUCAAACAGAAGUUUUGUGUACUGACCCGGAUGUUUUUACAGAAAAAUCCACAGCCAUGUCUGACCAAGUUUCGGUAGAGGAAGUGACAUCAAUAGUCAUCGACAGCGGUUCCGGCGUCACAAGGGUCGGUUUUGCCGGCGACGAUGCCCCGAGGGCGGCAUUUGCAACCAUUCUUGGGAAACCAAAACACGACGUAGUGAUGCGGUGUGUAACUGACCCUAUGUCCACAUUCGUGGGGGAGCAUGCCCUGGCGGAACGGGGAAUCCUGUCGCUUCGCCGCCCCCUGGAACGAGGCAUUGUCACCGACUGGGACGACAUGGAGAAAAUCUGGCACCAUGCCUUCUACAAUGAGCUCCGUGUGGCACCGGAAGAACAUCCGGUAUUGAUAACCGACCCACCCUUCAAUCCGAAGUUGAACCGCGAGAAAAGCAUGGAGAUAAUGUUCGAGACGUUCCGAACACCGGCCAGUUACAUCAGCAUGACGCCAGUUCUCUCCCUGUAUGCAUCAGGGCGUCACUGUGGUAUCGUCGUGGACGUCGGAGAUGGAGUCGCACACAUCACGCCUAUCGAUGGAGUUUAUACAUGGAGACACGCAAUGAAGAGAACGCACGUAGCAGGAAGUGACGUCACAGACUACCUCGCACAGUUACUCACGGAGAGGGGUCAUUAUUUUCAUACAACGGCCGAGCGCGAGCUAGUGCGCGAAAUCAAAGAGAAAAUUGGAUAUGUGGCCUUGGACUUUGAAGAUGAAAUGAAAACCGCUAUGACGUCAUCAAAACUUGAAACCACGUACGAACUUCCGGACGGCAAAGUUAUCACCGUUGGCAACGAAAGGUUCCGGUGCGCGGAGGCGCUAUUCAAACCGCAUAUAAUUGGCAUGGAGCAGCCUAGUAUCAGCGAGCUGGUGUACCAGUCCAUUCAGAAGACAGACAUUCACGUACGAAAGGACUUGUAUUACAACAUAAUCCUGUCCGGAGGAUCCACCAUGUUCCCAGGUUUUGCGGAGCGUCUGACGAAGGAAAUGACGUCAUUAAUCCCGCCCAUCAUGCGGACUAAAGUGCUGGAACCCCCGGAGCGGAAGUACUCCGUGUGGAUCGGCGGCUCCAUUCUUGCGUCUCUGUCCACGUUCGCCUCCCAGUGGAUCUCAAAGGCGGAGUACGAGGAACACGGACCGGCCAGUGUACAUAUGAAAUGUAUUUGAGUCUAGCUUGUUCUAUGCAAACUGCACUUAAUGCAAAUGCGUCAAGUUUCGUUCCAGAUUUUUCUGUGCAGUUCACAAAGGCUCAUCAGGAACUGCACUUUCUGCUUUAAUGGUAUCUUCUUGUUUUAAGCCCAGUUUAGGCGAAAAUGGUUAUCCCUGAUUGCCCCCAUUUUCACAGACCAGGCAUUGUACAUAUGGAAUGUAUUGGAUAGAUUGUAGGCAUUUUAUGUAAUGUUCCAGGGUUAUUUAUACUUUGUUAUUUUAUAUUAUACCAUACAUAUGAUUUUUUUUGAAAGGUGCUGUUAAAAAUAAACAGAGAAGGGAAAUGCAUUUAUAGAAAUAAAUAAACAAAAUAUCUGUGCGAAGUACUACGAACACUAAAAUUUAAAAAAAAAGUAAUGCCCUAAUGGCGAGAGUAGUGUUUAUACUUGAUAUUAAAAAUAACGCAAUACAUUACAUUUAAUCGUUUAAGUACUUAAUUUUAUUAUGUAUUAGCUAAUUUGCUAUCGUGUGGUCCACAAAAAUAGUAUGUUUAAUACAAUCAGAAUAUAGUUCACCGAAAUAAUAUUUAAUGGUUAUUGAGACAAAAGGUGGAUCACUUGAGGGGAGAUUGCACAUUGAACGCGCAACCCGUUCCCAUACUCAUUACCUACUUUAAAAAUCUUCAGACGAAAGAUAACUGACCAAUUUUAUUACAUCCGCUUAUUGGUCCGUGGCUUUAAUGUCGGGGAUGUAUAAAAGAAAAAAAAGAGUUAAAUUUUGCAAAAUAUUCCCUACCUUACCCAUCCUCGCAUGUUUUGUUGUGGUUGGUUUUUUUUUUCAUACCGACAUAAGAAAGUUGGCAAAAAAGAAAAGCGAUAGUCACAUGAUAACAACUGUAUUUGUCGUAUUAAUGGUUUUCUUGUUUGAUUGUGUGUAUUAUUUAUCAAAUAUGCAAUAUGAUAUACACAGCAUGAGUCCAUGUAUUCGAUAUUGUAGCAUUCACACUAAUAAAUAUUUAUGAAGUCAAA